AUGCCAAGAUACGAGGUGUGCCAGCACUGCAGCCACUCGGUACGGAAUAGCGAGGCUGCCUUCAGAGGAUACAGCUACCACAAGCAUUGUCGGAAGUGUUACGUGUGCAGCGACCCCGACCUGCACGGUGCGGAGGUGUUUCGAGGCGUUAUUUUCUGCGCGAGCUGCGCUAAACGCAUCUUCAGAGGUUGUUCAUCGGCCCGGCAAUCAAGACCUGCGCGUGCGCAGCGCCGUCGCCGGCGCACGCUCGUGCACGGGGUUAUUGAGCGUGCACGAGCACAAACUGACACCAUCUCCUCACAAGACAACAGCCAGACAGAGACCGUAGUGCUGGAGAGGGACCCUCGUACCUGCCCUGACUGCUACUGCGUGUCGGAUGUCGUCACUCAAGCGCGUCGACUCAUAAACUUCAUCUAUUACCAGACUCAGAAUCUCGUCAAGAACGAUACAUCCGAUAUUGCCCAAUGUACCGAAAUGUGUCAACGUAUGCUGGCUGAUGUGAAGUGUCCGAUACCAGAGCCCAGGUCGGAAGCUUUCCCGAUACCCCGGCCACCGGACAGCCUCUUACGGAAUUCAUUGGUAGAGAAAACGAGCUCGAUUGAUACGGGAACGUCUCACUCGCGGUCCCGCUUUCACUCCAAACGCGGGAACAAAAAGAAGAUGAAAAAUGAAAAACCGUGUAGCGACCUCAGGAUAGCAGAACUCGGCACUUCCGUGGAGAUCGCCAAUAUGGCUCUGAGAAAGACGUCUACAAAAAAAGUGCAAUCUGAGUUAAAAAUAACGGAGAAAGCCGAUGAGCCGGAAACCAUUAGUAUGUUUACCAACGUCGAUUCUGUCAAUUCCUGCACAAGCAACGAAGUAUAUCUAGACUCGGAAUGUCAGGACUACCGAGGAUCAAAGGAGUUGGACAAGGGCAUUCCGGAUCAAAUACUUAAAUGCAUUGUAAAACAUCCUUGUAAAUUCUUCAAAAAGAAGGUAAUAGAACGCAGUUCCCUCGUCAGCGUGAUCGCUGCCAAAGUUAACAACGAGAAGAAUAUGUUCAGUUACAGAUCAGCCUGCGAACAUCUCAAAAUGCUAUUCCAUGAUGAAGUCUUGGAUCACCAACACAAUGGAUACAAGAAACUUUAUUCAACUAUAAAUAAGAAAAGUACGCCUUACAAACUAGGGUGGCUUCAUGCUGAUGUGCCUGGCGAUCGUAAAACUUCCCCGUGUAGACACUACCACCAGUGCCACAGUUACCGGUGCAUGAGAAAGCAGGUGAUGCGUCUCGCCGGGCCGACUAAAAGCAGAAUAGACAUCUUCCGAACAAAACUCAAGAAGUUCGUUGUGCCCCCGUUUUUGAAAAGAAUAUCCUUUCAAUACAAGAACCCAGCCGUAGUGAAGCGCGAUGUCCGUGUCAAGAGCGACGGCAGACUACCCAAGACCUCACAGACCUCAAAAUCACGGAGCCAUGAAAAGAGGACACUAAAUAUGUCUACCCAAAACACAUUCCAUUGA